GCAUCAUCUAACGUGGCAGUCUCCAAGACAACGUUUAAAGGAACUCAUCUCUCAGUGGGGACCGAAAAGCCCACCGACAUGUCGUGGUGUGUUUUAGAGUCGCAGCUGGAACUGAUUUAAUUCGGUUUAUUUGUUGUUGUUGUUUUGUUUAUUCGCUCCUUGUGUGCGUGUUGGUUUACAGACGCACGGAUGAACUUGUGGAGAAGCUUAACGCGACUCAGGGUAGGACAGAAGGACAGAAGGACAGAGGACGCACGGGAUGCGUGUUAAUAAAGAGCAUGCACGCUUUUGGAGGAAAUCCGUGACGCGCGUGCCAUGCGAGUGUCUCACGUUUUUGCGCCGUGCGCGCUUUGGAGAUGCGAUUCUGGAAAGACAGAGAGAGAGAAAGAGAGAGAAAGAAAGAAAGAGAGAGACAGCGAGCAGACAGGAAUAUACACCACUUGUUAUCCUCUUCUUCACGUGCACACUGAUGUGAAUUAGGAUGAAGAACGCGGAAAUGCGCGCUCACGUGUGAUGGCAGAAUAAAAUCCAAAUCUGAUCUAAAGCAAGAAGAAGAAGCACAAAGAAGGCCUGUGUGUUGUCGUAGCGAUGAUUGCGACUGGGGGUGUUAUCACGGGCCUUGCGGCCCUGAAGAGGCAGGACUCCGCCCGCUCCCAGCAUCACCUGCCCAUCCAGUCCCCUGCCCCUCCUCCUGAGAAGAAACGUCUGAAAAGAAAACCUCGAACUGAUAUCGUUGUGGUCCGUGGAAAAAUUCGCCUGUACUCUGCCUCUGGUUUCUUUCUAGUCCUUGGAGUUUUUAUUUUGAUGGUUGGCAUUGCCAUGGCUGUACUGGGGUACUGGCCUCACAAGGACCACCAGAGGACACCCGCAAGCAAACACUUGGGAAAUGACACUCAGACGGCGGCAGAAGCAGCAGCAGCGCAGGAGCAGGCAGGGAAGAUGGCGCAGUUCUUUGAGCAGCACUUGCACUCAGAGAAAAUGAAGAUGCUCGGACCCUUUACGAUGGGCAUUGGAAUAUUCAUCUUCAUCUGUGCUAACGCUAUCUUACACGAGAACAGGGACAGAGAAACGAAGGUCAUUCACAUGAGGGACAUGUACUCAACUGUCAUAGACAUCCACAGCCUGAGAUUACAGGAGCAGAAGUGCAUGAAUGGAGCUUACACAGGUCCCUAUGCCGACCACGAGAUCCGCUCUUUCGGCCAGGACAGUCAUUACACCUCGCGACUAGCCGCUAACACGCUGCUGACGUUCUCAGGAUUAGGCGGCGAUGUAAGACUUUCCCGCCGAACAAGCUCUGCUGAAGACGAGGAAGGCCUAAUGACUGAAGGAGGCUCUGGCUUGUUGUCACCUGGAUAUAGAGAACGUUCUGGAUCGAUAUUCGGGUUUCAAUCAGAAGGGAUGUGUCACUGGGAGGACAAACGUAACGAUCUGAAGAAGUGUCAGACGCGCUCCAUUGUAUCAUCGUCCAUCAGCGCAUUUACGCUUCCUGUCAUCAAACUCAACAACUGCGUGAUCGACGAGCCUGACAUUGACAGCAUAACAGAGGACUCUGAGCAGCUACGAGACAGAUCAAGACCUUUGUCCAUGGAGUCCUUAACCGUACCUAUUCCAGAUAUCUCGAAAGCCUUCAAGCCUCCCAGUACAACGUUGCUCCGGAGUAAUUCUGCUACCGAAUCCUCUGUGUAUGCAUCUGCAUCUGCAUCCCUGUCCCCUGGAUCCACCAGCAGUCGGUACCUGUCUCCCGGAGCAGCUCGGAAAGACUUUGACUCGAACAAUUCUCUCCACAUGCUCUCGGUUCACUCCAAGUCUCUGGACCUGGAACGAGGUCCCACCAUGCUGACCGUGCAGCCGGAACAGCGCAAGCACCCCAGCUGGCCCAGGCUGGACCGCAGCAACAGCAAAGGCUACACCAAGCUGGAGAAUAAAGAAGACCCGAUGGAUAGGCUGCUGGUGCCCCCAGUGGUUGUAAAGCGCGAUUACACCAAAAAAGAAAAACUGCUCAUGAUCUCAAGGUCACACAACAAUCUGAGCUUUGAGCAUGAUGAGUUUAUGAGCAGCACUCUGAAAAGAGGGACGUCUGAGACCAGGUUUUAAGGGACAUCUUGUGCACACAUUUUCUUUCCCUCUGCAAUAUAAAUACCUACUUAUAAAUAAUGACUUUUUGUUGUUUUGCAACAUUGUUGAAGUGGUUGUGAAUUUCAGAAACACAAGUCCCAUGGACUACAAGCUCAGGUGGAUAUUCUGAUAGUCAGAGCAUUUCUAAAAUGAUGCCUAAGGAUUUUUAACCCUGGAAACAAAAAGCUGACAGGUGAAUCGUUGUAAAUAGACUGUGAUGUAAUAGCCGUGUUGUUUGUUAAACACAUUUUAGUAUGUUUCUCUAUUUGAUAACCGUUAAUACAGGACCUGAUGCUAGUUUUGUGUGUGUGUGUGUGUGUGUGUGUGUGUGUGUGUGCGUGCACGUGUGUGUGCAUUGUUGUACCAGAGAUGGAUGAUUAUUUUGCUAUGAGAUUUUAAAUAAUUUAUUGUUCAAAAAAACCUAACAACUACAAAAAACACACACACAUGGCUAUUUUUAAACAAAAGUCUUCAAUGUAUUAUUUAUCUGUUUCUCAGAAUAAAAGUA